ACUUGUUCAGCAACCAGGCUAAAUAUACCUGUCUAAACUAAAUAUCAACUAACUUAUUAACAUUAAAAGUUUCAUGGUAUUGGAAUUAAGUAACGUGUAUUUCACAGUUUCAGCUAAUUAUGAUCUAUCAACCGAAACCGUCACGUGGCAUGAGGCGAAGAGCAGGGAAAACUUUGCAACACCUGAAAUACAAGUGGAUAGUAUAUCUUUUAGUGUAAAUAUACCAUCUAGCAUUAGGCUAGAUGAAACUAAGGAAGUAUGGGUUGGAUAUUAUAAGAAGGAAACAGCUUUCGCCUACAUUGGAUGUGGCCGUAUAAACAUUGCAAAACACCAAACUUUGUUACCGAUAUCUCAAAAUUCACCUGGUAUGUGUUAUUCAAUGUGCAAUAAAUCUAAACAUGAUUAUAUUGGACUAAACAACGACAAGUGUUUCUGUAUGGAUGAACGGCCAGACGAGAAUCUAACUAUGGCUUCUUGUAAUAUUGUGGUUAAUAGAACUUGGAUUGCUGGAGGUGAACAUGAAGGUCAUCAAUAUAUGUCAAUAUACCAAAGGAUGAAGACGGAUCUACACGUUAAAAGAGAUCAGGGUGAAAAAUGCUUAGGUUUCCAGAAAGAUCCUAUAUAUUGGUGGAGUAGGUGCGACAACCUCUAUUUCCGUGCGUUAUGUAAAUAUGAUUCGAAUGGAAACAUUUUAUUUAAUGAUUUUCAUUCUUUGGAAUGGACAGCUUAUGUUCAAAGAUGUUUUAAUAAUGGAAGUUAUCCUAUAACCUUUAACGACACCAGACGCUUAAAUAUUUCACAGGCUACUGGUCAGACAUGGACAAAUGUUAUUCGUAGUGAUGCAAUCUACAAAUAUUAUGAGACUUCAAAUUCAAUCAGUAUUGCUGACGUCACAAGAUUUGGGUAUAUAUCAAGACGUGGAAACGUAACAGAACUUUCUUUUAAAAUGGAUGCUAACCAGAAACUGUAUUUUCUUCAACAACUUCUUGGCACAAAAUCAACAAGUCAUAAUGAAUUGGUGUCAUCCACUAGUCAAAUACCACAUAAAUAUACUAAGCGAAGCAGUGUCAAACCUAACAACGUUGCCAUAAGUAAUAAAGUCACAUUGCAAGAAAUAUUGAUCAAGCCCUAUGAUAUCACAACCUUACCGACAGGAAAUUUAGAACAUUCAACAUUUCCGUCUAAAAGAACAACUGACUUUGUAUCAAAGAAUUGGACAACUCCAUCAUACCGUUCUGACGUCACUAUUCCUAUAAUCAUGUCAGUAAUAGCUGUUAUGUUAGUGGCAGUUGUUGUUGUUGUGGUUUUAAUGUUGCGAAGACGUGGGAUGAUUCCAAACAUGUGCAUCAGAUGUUUUGCUUUAGACAAAAGAACACCUGACACUUUUCCUACUAAAAGUAACGUUCAUGGUAAAUUUCAAGAGUCAGCUGAUGAACAAAUUGCGGAACGUAAUAACUAUGUAAAUGAAGACGCAAGACAAGAUCUCGGCUCAGAUAAUAAAGGUCACACGGCACAUACUUAUUGCAUCAUCCAGCCUGCUGCAAGGGAGUCUCAUGCAUACGACAGUCUUGAUUCGAAAAUAAAUAAAUGA